AUGGAUGUAGUAGUCUUCUUUAUCCUUGCUCUCACUGUUCUGGAGAAUGUUAGCGCUGCUACAGUGAGGUCGCUCUCCAGAGAGGCUCAACCGUUCAACUUCCCCAAGGCAAGACGUCUCUCUGCUGCGGUUUCUCGCUCAAAGCUUGAAUCCAGAGCAGAGCUUGCAUCCAAUCUCCUCAGAAGAGAAGCGAGUUUUGACUUCCUACAUGGGGAUCAAGAUCCCCAUUCGGUCUUUGUGGCCACCUUGGAUGUCAAGUCGAAGUCACCCAUCCUGGCAUUAGAGGAGUUGGAUGACUCGGUCCAAGAUGUGAUCUGCAAGGAAUCGCAGGUGGACAUAUUGUUUGGAUCAAUUGAGCAAGUCCGCUCAGUCCAUCGAGGACUCGAGCAGAUCGAUGGAUUCAUCCUAGUCACCUCACAUAGUGGGUGUAAUCCUGAUGGAGCAAGGUCAACAUAUCGAGUCAACAAGGUCGUAAUAGAUCCGACUCGCAACGUGCUGUCACUAGGGAAAUCCGACUGUGGCUGGCAAGACGCGUUCCACACAACUCGAGUCUCUUUUUCGCGGAGACAUCCAUCCGAAGUCCGGAGACGUUCGAACACGCCUACGAAGCGACAGCAGCAGUCGCAGUCUGAACCACCAGAACAAACUAAAACAAUGGGAGGGUCCACCGAGACUCCAACGGUCACAUUUCCUGCGCCAAGCGCAACGUCGGGACUCGCCUCAACCUCGGCGAAGGAGCUCAAUGAGCAUUAUGUGGACCGAAAGAUAUUCCCCCCUGACAUUCCCGCGGCGGACAUGCUUUUACCGUCAGGACUCACCGUGUCUUGCAAGAAUUGCUCCCUAGAAGGCAACAUCGUCUUAGACAAGGGGUCUUUUGAGAUUUCUGGAUCUGAUGGGUUGAUAGAUGCCGUCAACAGCACCAUCGCUUUCUUUGACCAUGGCAGCAUUGAAGUAAUUGCAAACGGGCUCUUUGCGCAGAUCGAACUCGAGUUCGAUCUUUCUGCGAGUCAAGACCUGGGCUCCUUUACGGCUCAGCUUCCUGCUAUUCCCCUCAUUCCUUUCGAGGUAUUAUUCCCGGAGUCCUUGUGUUUGGCCCCAUAG